AUGUCCGAUGCAGGAUCUGAUGAGUUUGACGACGAACGCAGUCAACUCGGGGAAUAUGAAGGGGACAGAAAUGAGGCAGGAGAGAGACACGGAGUCGGUAAAGCUAUUCUGCCCAACGGAGACAUUUAUCAAGGGCAGUAUGAGAACGGCAAAAGACAUGGAGAGGGAACAUAUCGCUUCAAGAAUGGGUCGAGAUACGUUGGAGACUAUUACCAGAAUAUGAAACAUGGACAGGGCACCUUCUACUACCCAGAUGGCUCUAAAUAUGAAGGGUCGUGGGUUGAGGACCUGAGACAGGGUCAUGGUGUCUACACUUACCCCAAUGGGGACACGUAUGAUGGAGAGUGGCUGCGCCAUAUGAGGCAUGGCCAGGGCAUUUACCACUACCAUGAAACUGGCUCGAAGUACAAGGGCUCAUGGGUGAAUGGCAAUAUGGAGUCAGCUGGGGAGUACAUCCACUCGAACCACAGAUACAAGGGUAACUUUGUCAACAAUAAUCCGUGUGGCCCGGGGAAGUAUGUGUUUGACAUUGGGUGUGAGCAGCAUGGUGAAUACCACCAAACAGAGCAGGACCAAGCGGAGGGCAAGUGGGGCGAGAUGGCCUCCACCCCAGUCCUCAGGUGGAUUCCCAAGUGCAUCACAGGCCUGACGCACUGGACUCCAGGCCAAGAGACUUCAGCUGGAGAAAAGAACACAGCUUCAGCAGAGGAGGUGGCAGAGAACCAACCCGUGUGA